AUGGAUAAUUAAUUAAAUCGGUCGAACACAGUUAAUAUUGAUAUUAGUUCAUACAAGAUAGCAUCAACAAUUGAUACUAUUAAAGAAACUUAAUUAGAAAGAAAGAGAAACCGAUCAAAGCGCAGACUUCAUGCAGCUUCCUUUCAUGUAGGGAAAGAUGUUUAGAAUAAUUAGGAAAAAGGAGAAAAACAAAGACAAGAAGAUCAUUCAUUGGAUUAAAUAAGAAGAAACUAUGUACAAAAGAUGAAAGCAUUCCCUAAGAUUGAUGCUUAUAAACAUCUCAAAGGUUAUUUACAGUUAUAGGAUCAAGAAGUUAAGAGAAUCAAAAACAACACAAAUUAGUUGUCAUUUGGAACUCUGUACCCUUAGAAUGAGUAGGAGGAGAAUUAAUUAUCAAGUUUCUUGGUUGGUACUUCACCAAUAAGAAGAAACUAUUCGAAUAAUCGAUAUGUAUCGGAGAGUCCUGCUAGAUUUCUUCAUAAUUAAGCCAUCCCAAAUUUGGAUGAAUACUUGAAGGAUAGAAGGGCUCGCAAAUUAAUAAGAUAGACAAUAACAAAAAAAGAGCAACUCGAAUAAUAGAUCUAAGAUCUGGAAAAUAAAAAGUUUAAAUUACAUGAGAAGACUCAGGACCCUAGAAAUCUAAGUUUGAAUGAGUUGAUUGAAAAAUAAGUUCAUAAGUACAUCCCUUAUAAAUUUGAUGCUAGAGUAGAUACUCGAAAAUUAAAUACAGAGAAAAUCAUUAAAUCUUCUGAAGAGGUCCCCAUGACUAUGUUAAAAGAAAAGUUAUUGACAGACAACAUUAAGACUAAUGGUGAAAUGUUUAGCAGUAUUAAUCCAUUGUAGUUAUAAUUGUAUUCUAUAACGGACAAGAUCCUGUAAUUCCAUAAAUCAAAAUGUAAUUUUUUUAAUAUUAAAGAAAAGUACAAUUCUGACAUGAUAAAAUCUUUGUAAAAGAGUGAUCACAACAGGAGACAAACUUUGUUCCAUAAACACAUGGUUUAUCAUUAAGAAUAACAAUAUGCUAGUAGUUAAAAGGAUUUAUUUUAUGUACAAUAAGAAUUAAUGUCAAACUUGAAUUAAAGAAUAAAUUAUAAUGAAAAUUUGACUAAGAAAUUCCAAAAGUUAAUCACCAUUUUGAGAGAUGGACAGAUUGAAUUAGAAGAGGAUGACUUAUCCAUUUUGAAUGAUCUCAGAUAUAUUAUACUUAAAGGAAGAAAUUUAAGUGAUGAAGACUUCUUAGAGUUACUAAGGUUAAGAAACUUUACGAUUUCUUUGAGUUGUUUAGAAUUGAUUGUGAAUCACCUUUUUCCAAAUAGCAAAAAUGAUAUAAUCAAAGAAUACAAUGAAAAUCAUUGUUGA